UUAGGGGUGGGGUAGAGGGUGGAGGAAAAUAAGUUUAAGGAGGGAAGGCUUGGUGGGAUAGCUUCCCCCAACACCCCCAAUCGGAGCCUGGAAAGGGGAGGAUUUGGGAGACUGGAGAAGGCGAGAGAGGAUGGGGUUAUGAGCCAGGCAGAGAGGGGCACCCGGAGCGAACUCCCCCGAAAGCCGAGGGGGGUGGCGUCCUGGGGCACCCGGGGCGAGGAGGGCGGGCGAGGAGCUCGGCGCACCGGGCGCCCGGCCGGACAGCCCCGAAGCGGAGCCGUUUCUCUUACCUGCCGCCCGCUUGGGUGCCUGCUGUUUCCUCCUUGGCAUCGCUCUACUUCGCUCCAGUCCCACUUCUGGCGCCCCAGCCCCGAGCCGCGCGCGGGGGCCCGCGGUCUCUCUCGCCUCUCUGGGUCUCCUCCGCCUCCUGCCCGGUGGCUCCUAGGGCGUCACUCGGCCUCUGUCCCCCUGACGAUCCCCCCUGCAACUCCUCCACCACGGGCCAGAGACCCCCCUCUCUGGGUGGCAGACACGGACGGCUGUGCCGGCUGGUUGGAAGUAGAGGCAGACUGCCACGUGCAGCGCCUCAUUCGGAUGUGUCUGGAGUCUUGGAAGCUUGACUACCCUACGUUCUCCUACAAAUGGACCUUGAGAGCUUGUCUGGAGGUUCUAGCAGGGGAGCUCAGCUACUCGUAUACCCUUGACCGAAGAGCGGUCCUCCUCUAUUGGGGAAGGUCGUCCUCUUCGACGGAGCGCACAGCUUAGGGAGGGAUGCACGUGGAGCAGUGAGGGAGGAAGGGGACACCCACCUCUGAUGACACCAUUUGCAGUAUAAUUCUCUCCCAUGAUCAGCCAUCCAUUUUUGUGAUAUUGAUCCUUCCCCCAGCUUUAGGGGCUGGACUCUGACUGGCUAAAGCCAACGAUCCUAUUCUAUCUCAUCCCUCUGGCUCCCAUGGUUUGAUUCAUGAUGGAAGAAACCCAGUCAAAACCAAUAAAAUCUGUGGAGAAGUUUUCUAGGGCUUCUGGGACAAAAGAAGUGUCUCAACUUUUUGAGAUCCACCUGCGGUCUGUGUGGUAUGAAGAUACAAAGACAUGAACAACUUUUUUGCUACUAAAACAGAAGACCGUGGAACUGCCAACAGGAAUUCAUUUGAAGCCUGAAGAAGUAGCUGAUUCUGUGGAAGACAGAGAGGAAAUACGGAAGGGAACAAAGCUGGUCCUAGAUGGCACUAGAUCAAACUGUACCUGAAGCUAACCCUGCCCCUGGUCUUUUCAGUGAUGCAAAUUUAUCUGUUCCUUCAUUCUUUUUUUAAAAUAUACUUUAAGUUAAUUAAUUAAUUAAUUUAUUUUUGGCUGCGUUGGGUCUUCGUUGCUGUGUGCGGUCUUUCUCUAGUUGCGGCGAGUGGGGGCUACUCUUUGUUGCGGUGCACGGGCUUCUCAUUACGGUGGCUUCUCUAUGGAGCACGGGCUCUAGGCACGCAGGCUUCAGUAGUUGUGGCAUGUGGGCUCAGUAGUUAUGGCGCAUGGGCCUAGUUGCUCCACGGCAUGUGGGAUCUUCUUGGACCAUGGCUCGAACCUGUGUCCACUGCAUUGGCAGGCAGAUUCUUAACCACUGCAACACCAGGGAAGUCCAACAUUCCUUCAUUCUUCAAGCCAGUUUUUGAUUUCCAGUCAUUUUCAAUGGAAAGAUUCCUAACUCACCAUUUGGUUUUGUCAAGUUGAUGAUGACAUAUUAAUACCUUUUCAAUGAGUUAUGCUGGGAAAAUGGGGUCAUACUGUGGGUUUCUGCUUCACUGUUUUGUUUAGUAUGUUGUUUUUGAUUGGAAUGAAUACCUUCUUAAAUGAUUUUCUUACUAGUCUCCUGUCCACCCUUUAUAACACAGAUCAGGUACCACUUCCCUAUGAAUUCAUUACUGAGUGAGAAUUACAAACCCUGGAGUUUCAGAUCUACUGAGGCUGCCCCAAGUACUGGUUAAGAGCAUGUGUGUUACAUUAGACAAACAUGAUUUUGAACCCUGGCCCUGUAAUUUACCAGCUGUGUGACUUUGGAUAAUUCACCU